UGCGUGGUGACUCUUGAACGGAAGGUUGACAUGGAAAGAUUCGAUAAAACGCGGAUGUGCUCGACUUCAACCUGAUAACGAUAACUGACCUUACAUUUUUACCCAUGGUGCGUUUUAGCUAUCGGACUCCAUUGCCGAAGUACAGUAUUAUUGGCUCUUCCCGACAUUUUAAUCAGGAGGCUGAAAGUCAUCCCUCAAGUUCUCAGGAAUCUGUUGGCCUGCCCCGAUGAAGGCCCAGCAGGAUGGAGACCUCCUCCAAGAGGGUUCCCCUCAUGACAACGGGGACAUUCAGACCAACCAGUACAACUCCAUCUCACCUCCCUCCUCCCCCGCUGACUUAGAUCAGCCCUUCUCCACAUACUUUGAAGAGAAGGUGGCCAUUCCUGAAAGUGUCAAUCAGGUGUUCAGUUUUAGGAAACUCUGGGCGUUCACUGGACCCGGGUUUUUGAUGAGCAUCGCUUACUUAGAUCCAGGGAACAUCGAAUCUGACUUGCAGUCUGGAGCUAAAGCUGGAUUUAAGCUCUUAUGGGUGUUGUUAGGAGCCACCAUCAUUGGGCUGCUGCUGCAGAGGUUGGCAGCACGUCUCGGCGUCGUCACAGGGAUGCACCUGGCGGAAGUCUGCAACCGGCAAUAUUCCACUGUGCCGCGAAUCAUCCUAUGGAUAAUGGUGGAGUUGGCGAUUAUUGGCUCAGACAUGCAGGAGGUGAUUGGAUGUGCAAUAGCGCUCAAUCUUCUCUCUGUGGGCAGGAUUCCCUUAUGGGCUGGAGUACUCAUUACCAUCACAGAUACAUUUGUGUUCCUCUUUUUGGACAAAUAUGGCCUGAGGAAACUUGAAGCUUUCUUUGGCUUUCUUAUAACUGUAAUGGCUAUAAGUUUUGGUUACGAGUACGUGCUUGUGAAGCCAAAUCAGGGGGAGGUCCUGAAGGGGAUGUUUGUGCCAUACUGUGCCGGAUGUGGGCCCACACAACUGGUGCAGGCUGUUGGCAUCGUAGGCGCUGUCAUCAUGCCGCACAACAUCUACCUGCACUCAGCUCUGGUCAAAUCUCGUGAUAUCGACCGUCAAAGUAAGAAAGAAAUAAAGGAAGCCAACAAGUAUUUCUUCAUUGAGUCAACCAUCGCCCUCUUCAUCUCGUUCCUCAUCAACGUUUUUGUUGUAGCCGUCUUUGCCCAGGCCUUCUACAAUAAGACUAACAUGGACGUGCACAAUGAGUGCAAUGCAACCAGCAUCCCUCACCAAGGUCUAUUCCCUCUCAACAAUGAAACACUGGAGGUUGAUAUCUACAAAGGGGGUGUGGUUCUGGGCUGUUUCUUUGGCCCCGCUGCGUUGUACAUCUGGGCCAUCGGCAUCCUUGCAGCAGGGCAGAGCUCCACCAUGACAGGCACCUACUCUGGCCAAUUUGUUAUGGAGGGUUUCUUAAACCUGCGGUGGUCUCGAUUUGCGCGGGUGCUCCUCACCCGCUCCAUCGCCAUCACACCAACACUCCUGGUUGCCAUUUUUCAAGACGUGCAGCAUCUGACAGGGAUGAACGACUUCCUUAAUGUACUACAAAGCAUGCAGCUUCCUUUUGCCUUGAUCCCAAUUUUGACCUUCACCAGCCUGACGUCCAUCAUGAACGACUUUGCGAAUGGCUUGUUUUGGAAGAUCGGAGGGGGGCUCGUCAUCCUGAUGGUUUGUUCCAUCAAUAUAUACUUUGUGGUGGUUUAUGUGGCGACUUUAAACAGCGUGCUGCUCUACAUCCUGGCCGCUCUGCUCUCCAUCGCCUAUAUGUGCUUUGUAGGCUACCUGGUGUGGCACUGUUUGGUUGCCCUGGGGGUCUCCUGCCUGGACUUUGGCAGCAGGAUGGGGCUUGGACGGCACACGGAUAUUUACUUACUGAACGACAUUGAUGUGGACAUUGUGAACGAGAGAUAGGAGAGAAGGUAGCAGAAGGACGGCUCUCAGUGAUGGAGGUCCAGAACGCCGACGGGACCACUGCAACAUAGCCAGUAUCUUUGCAUCUUCCCUGUCAGUGCCUUCCACUUUAAUGUGCCCUUAAAGUGUCUGAUACUUUUGUUGUUCCUUUUAUAUCAAAGGCCUCUGCAACAUCAGCCAAGCUUCUGAUUACAAGGGCCCAUGUUGCACUUUUAUUUGUUUCUAAAUAAAAUAAAUACUAUACAGCAGAAGGUACCAAAAACCGCAAUGCAAAAAAAACUUCCUUAAAAUAUAAUAAAAAGGCUAAUUAAAUUAACAUAUAUUAAGUGGAUCAAACAAAAAAUUGUUGCAUUACAUUGAAAAGUUUUUAGCUACUUUUAAGAUAUUUAAGAAAAAUAUGUCAAUAAAAAAUAAAAAAAUAAAAAACUCAUGCUCAUGUAUGCCACGCCAUCCCCAAGUCGAUAUUGAGGAGUUUGUGAAUUUUUAUUUUUUUUUAAUUUCGCCCACAUUGGAUUUAUUUUUUUUUGACAUGGGAAUUUUGUCUUGAAAUGGAUUUGAAAAUGAUUGCAUUCUGUUUUUAUUUCAGUUUUACACCGUGCCAACUUCCUUGGAGUUGGGGUUUGUAUGUCUUUCAGUACAGUGUAAUCUGUUGGAUGCUUGUUGAAUUUAUGGAAGGAAACCUGCUGAGUGCUGCACGUGUAAAUUGAAUUUAGUCAUCUCAUGUGACGAACACUAUUACUUAUUUAUGUGAAGAGCAUAUUUUUAAGUGAUGUGCUGGGAAGAAAAAAAACCUGUUUGUUUAGGCGACUUCUGAAUAUGAGAAGACAAGUAGAGUGUUGCAUUGUGGGUGGGAACUUUCGAAUGUGCCGUUUUUUGUUCAAUAUGUUGGAGCACUUGCACUAAGUGUGAAAUAGCAGCUUUACAAUAUAAUAUGUUGGUGUACGGUAAUAUCUCGCUGUUGUCAACAUGCUAAUUUUUUCAUACACCCAUUUCUACUUCACAUGCACAUUGGUGUAAUCAGAAAAUGCUACAAAAUGUUGAAACCUCUGAGUGCAGCUUGGUUAAAAUAAGCUCAUUUGACUAAAUCUGCUGUCUUCUACGGUGCCGCCUCCUGUGUGCCUCACAUGUAACAUCUUCAAAGCACAAAACAAACUCAAAUAUUUCUGUAGGGUUAAAUACUGAAUCGCAUAUCAUAUUUUUAAAAUUUUAAUUUUAAUUUUUUUUUUAAAUUAAAUGUAUCCCUGUUUUUCCCCUUUUAGCUAAAUUAAGGUCGAGGAAAAUGUAGUGUUCACUUCCAACUGGACACCCAGUGGUAUAUAUGUUCUUGGAACAAAAUAAUAAUAAUAAAAAAAAACUUUAUUAUGAUGUCUUGAACAACCAGAUCACACUUGAAUCAAAUGUAACAAAAUUGCCAAUGUGACCAUGCAAAGCUGAAUGAUGGAGGACAAUAUGUAUAAAUCACUUGCUGUCCACAUCAUAUUACAUGAUAAACCAGCUGUAAAGAAGAAACUGACAUUGAAAUUGAAUGUAUCUGUGUGUUUUAUUAAAUUAUAGUUUUAUAUUUUGACAUUGUA